GAAGGCACGCUCCGUCAAACCCUCCCACACACACUUUCUCUCAACUCAACGCCCCACUCUCUUUCCCUAACGUCCCCGACGACGCCGUUCCCCAAACCUAACGUCCUUUCCCUUCUUACCCCUUAUGGCCUCUUGCGACGAUGACGACGAUUUCUCACUCCUCCGUGACGACAACCACCACCACCACCUCCACCAACCCUACCCGCCGCACCACCACUUCUCCACCGCCAUCGUCGCCGUCUCAUCCGUCGAGCAGAAACCCGCCUCCGACGACGCCGAAGACUACGGAAAUCCCUUCGACGACGACUGCGGGAGCGAGAAGAGAAAGGAGCGGGAGGAGAUCGGCGACGGAACGACGCAGUACGGAUUCAACAAGAGAUCGAAGGCGGCGGCGGCUGCUUCAAGCUGCAGCGGCGGUGGCAGCGGCAGCGGAGGAGGAGGAGCGGAGUACCGGAAGGACAGGGAGGAGUGGAGCGACACAGCGAUCGUGUGCCUCCUUGAGGCUUACACGGAGAAGUUCACGCAGCUGAAUCGGGGGAACCUGAGAGGGAGGGAUUGGGAGGAGGUUGCGACGGUGGUGAGUGAGCGAUGCGAGAACCAAUCGAAGAGCGUGGAGCAGUGCAAGAACAAGGUGGAUAACCUGAAGAAGAGGUACAAGCUAGAGAGGCAUAGGAUGAGCAAUGGCUGCAUUUCGACCAGUCAUUGGCCUUGGUUCAAACAAAUGGAACAGAUCGUUGGUAAUUCUCUGCCUGCAAAGUUUGCAGAUGAGGAUAAAGCUGUUUCUUCUUCUGGGAAUUCACCCAGGCAAUCCAAGAGAUAUGGAGUGGCAACGCCCAGCAGUGGAGGUCAAGUAAAUAGCAUGAAGUCCAAAGCAUUGUCAAACCUUAGAUGGCGGAGGGUAGUCCUCAAAAUUAGUGGAGCAGCUCUUACUGGUUCUGAUACCUGCAAUAUUGACCCUAAGGUGGCCAUGUUAGUAUCAAGAGAAGUUGCGAUAGCUUCCCGCCUUGGUGUGGAGGUGGCGAUUGUUGUUGGAGGUCGUAAUUUCUUCUGUGGAGAUGCAUGGGUAACUGCAACAGGUUUAGAAAGAUGUACUGCAUACCAAGUUGGGAUGAUGGCAACUGUGAUGAAUUCAAUAUUGCUCCAAUCAACUCUAGAGAAGAUGGGAGUUCAGACUCGUGUACAAUCUUCAGUUGCCAUGCAGGAGUUUGCUGAACCAUACAAUAGGCAGCGGGCCAUCAGACAUCUUGAGAAAGGAAGAGUUGUUAUAUUUGGUGGCAUUGGUUUUGGCACUGGCAAUCCACUCUUCUCAACUGACAUUGCUGCAGCUCUACGUGCUUCAGAGCUUAAUGCUGAGGCAGUCCUCAAGGGUACUAACGUAGAUGGUGUAUAUGACUGCAACUCCCGCGACAACAAUUUCACUUUCGAGCACAUAUCUUUCAGGGAGCUGGUGUCAAGAGGUGUCACCUCUAUGGAUAUGGCAGCACUAACAUUCUGUGAGGAAAAUGCUAUUCCUGUUGUGGUUUUUAAUAUAUUGGAGCCUGGGAACAUCUCAAAAGCUUUGUGUGGAGAACAAGUUGGCACGCUAAUUGACCAAACUGGAGCAAUAAGCUAACAAUUAAUUCAACCGACUUAAUUAUUAUUGCGCAUACUGGAACCAUUAAGUUGAGUGGGAGGGAUACUUUCCACCACUGAGAUGCUUGGAGAAGAAAAUAUCAAAUCUGGACAGAUUCACAGUGUAUCUGGCGAAGUUAGUGGGAACUGCGUUUUGGAGCUGAAAUCACAAAUUCCCUAUCCCUAUGUUUUUUAGGCGGUGGUUGUACUUUUAUUAUGUGCUUCUGUAAAAAGAAAAAAAAAAAUGCUUGUGUAUAUUAUUCCAGGAUGAGUUGUAGCAUAGUAAUGUAUUAGCAGUAGCUUUUCUUUGUUAGUUAAUGCAAACAAAUACGGAGUAAUUUAACUCAAAAUU